AGAUAUGUGUUGGACAGUAUCCAAAGCGAAUGAGGGUGGGAAGUAGUAAGUCAUUAAUGAGAACUGUCACCGACAGUGUCAGCCCAGGAAGCAUAGGAAUACGUGUGACCGCAGUCAGGCCUUUUUUUGGCUAGCGCACGCCUUUGCUUAGCAAGAUUUCUAAGAUAAACUGUGAUUUCUUAAGUUAUCUGUCUGUUUCAGGAAACAAUAAAUAAAGUUACCAAAUAAUCUGUAUAAAUAUCUGUGAUGAAACAAGAAACCUUACUUAUUUUAGGAAGCAGAAUCUGAGUUCAAAUGUUAUUUGUACAACAGCAUGACGUCGGUUUUAAGUAUAACUGAAUAGUUUAGCUAACAUGUUCUGAUGUACUGGAAAUUGCAGAUCAAUCAAACCAUAUGUUACCAAAACGUAACAUAAAAUAUAGAAUUUAUUGUCCUUAGCCCCCAGCAGGGUGUGUAAGAAGCUUUCGUGGAAUUAAAACCUUGCUUUGUUAAAUGUGAGACAAUGCUUUCAGCACCAAUUUCAAGCACCCUUUCCUAAAUGUAAUUGAAAAUAUGUUGCUUGAUAUUGUGCUUGAUAUUCAUAUUCAAACAUGUACCUUUCUAUUUGCCAAGGUUCAUGCACAUCUAACAGUACCUAAACAUUUUCAGGAAUAUUGCAGUAGUUUUAAGUAAGAUGUUUUUUACCAGUAAAAAGAGAAAAAAGCAUUGCAAAAAGUGGGGACAUUUUCACAUUCUUUUUAUAUUAUGCAAUGUCUUUCAAGGUGAUUUCUUUAGCAUUACUUCAUGCCUUUGCCUGGAAAUUUUGAUUUGGACUUUUAGGGACACUAGACAACCUGUUGAUUCAUUUUUAUCUAAUGUGAAGAUCUUUUAUUUUCGUUUUCUUGCUAGGGCAGGCAUUAUUUUGAAUUCAUAAAAUAUCACCAGUUUUCUAGGUCAGUUUGACCUUCAUUUCUUUUUGAAAUUACAAGUAGUUUUUUAUUUUUCAUCUGUAACUAUUGUUGUGCUAUUUUAUGCUUUAUAGUUUGUAUUGACUACUCUUUUGUUAUGAUUAGACAGAAAGGGGCUAUUUUGCAGAAUUUUCAAGGAUUGUAUAGAAAGUUUCCAUAAUUGUCAAGUACCAAUAUCAGCUCAGUGAUGACAUCAUAAAGCCUUUUUUUUAAUUUUUAAAGUACACAUAGCCUGAAAAUACAAACAUAAUCUUCAUCUGUACCAAACGAAAAAGCUCACAGAUAUAAUCUAAUAAACUAUUUUUUUCUGGUUCAUGUGCAGCAAGCAGAGAUUGCACUGCAAUUUUGUAAAUUUAUGAUUAUAUGAUUUGCAACAAGUGAUCACAAAUGACCUACUUCUCAAGAAAUUUAUGAUUUAUUAAAACAGCAUGCAUGGCCAUUGCUAUUAGGGGCAUGCACAGGUAUGUCACCUCUGGCUGAAAAACCUUCUAUUCUAAAAACUAGGAGUUUUCCAUCUAUGCAUGCUUAAUCAGCAGGUUUUCAAACUUGGCAAACAAAGGAUGUCUCACUCAUUUUGUCAACAAAUGGGACCUAGAAACCCAUCUUGAGCAAAAUGAUGAUAUUUUACUUAUCUUAAAAUGAUAUGUAGUAGCCAGCGAUUUCAGUGCAACCUCAAGAUUUAAAUCUUUUCUGCUCAUUAUUCUACUUCAUCAUGAUUAAUCGACUACUUCAUGAAGAAGGUUAUGUCGAUGUAAAGGUAAAAAGAAAUUAGGAAAAAAAGGAAAAGGGGAAAAAUAGGACAACAGCAUAUGCCAAGAUGAAAUUUGGAGAUUGAACAAUGUGAAGCAAAUGACAUAUCAGAGCUCAACAUAUCUUAGAGAGAGCUCUGUUUGUAAAAUACCUUCCCCCCAAAAAUAUUGGGGGCAGUUCAGGGAGAAAAGGGUGACUGCAGCCCUUAAGACCUUGGCUUAAGGCCUAUGAUAACAUAACUCCCAGUUUUAUUCCAAUAUUUGGUAUAAACUUGUUUGUAUAAUCUAACAUGAAGUCAUGAAACAAGAUACAUCAUUACAAUGCCUACCGAUAUAUUAUCUAAUUACUUGCUUAACCUGGUAUGCCUUGGUUUAGACUUUCAGAAUAACACUUAACUUGGGUAUCUUCAUUUUAUUAAAGAGCAGCUACCUAUAAACAAAAUGCUCUGACCGAUAUCUAAUCUCCAUUACCUUUCUCUACAAAAAUGGUGAAAGGGGCAGGCACAUAGAUAAUAGGGGGCGUGGCGUGGGGGGCAUAACGCCCCCCAAAGUUUGAAAAAUCCAGUUAUAGUUGGAAAACUUAACGUUUAACUUGGAUUUUUUUCUCAAGACCAAACUUCUGAAUUUUAUAUUUCAAGAAUUGUGGGAUUUCAAAUGUAAAAAGUUUAAUCCUUGUUAAAAUUCACUAAUCGUUUUCUAUUGUGAAGCCCCGUCUCCACUGGAUCCAAAUUGCACAAUUGCACCGUUUGCUUUCUCUCUGAAGGGAGUUAAGUUUAAUCAAAUUAAGAACAGGCAAAAUUGAUUUCCUGAUAAGAAACUUGAAACUUUACAGUUUGGAAUAAUAAUACCUAUAUUGAUCAGAAAACAGUAAAGUGGGAGUUUUUAAGAGAACUGGGAGUAGUUGAUCCAAUAAAAAAAUAAAGAAUUGUUCAAUACUAAAAAUUCUCAACGCUUCUUAUGAAAGACGAGUGUAUGCUAAGCUCCCCCUGUUGUUUGUAAAUGUUCUUAAUUCAUUAACAUAAAUUGCUAUGAUAAAGCUGCUGAGAAUCAAGAAAACAUUGCAAAAGCUGCAGCAGAAGUAUUUGCUCAAAGAAGGGUGUUUCAUUUUAUAUGCACUUGCUCUCAAAUCAUCAUGUUAAUUGUCAAGAACGAAAAGGCAUUUGGCCCUCUGAAAAUUGCUAAUAGUUUCCUUCGAUCAAGAAGAAAAAGAUAAAGGGCUCAAUUCCUUGAUGCUUCUAUAUCGUGAAAGAUAUAUUCUAGAUAAAAUCGAUCUGCAUCAAAUAGCUUUAAAAUGGGCAAAUCAGAAAUAGACUUCUUACGUGUCAUGUUAAUUGAAAUUAGAGAUUCACGUUUUUAUGCUUUAUUUUGAGUAAAAUUUGAGUGAUUAUAAAGAAACUAUAAAUACAGAGUAAGGGCUAUUUCCAAAUAUUUAUUUGGUAGGUACAGUAGAUUUGGAGGUGGAAUGAAAAACUUCUCAAAUAAAGUUGGAAUUUUCAUCCUUCCACGCCCCUCAAAAAUUAGCCACUUGUUUUCGUCCCUGGAAAGGGGAAUUGAAAAUAACAAUCCUUUUUUAAAACAUGUAGAAGUAAUUCUCCACUCAUUUGCUUGCACAUUCUGUCUUAAAGUUUUUUAACAUUUGCAGCCAUCCCUGACUAAAUUGUAAGCCUAACAACCACUCUUUUAUUCAGAAUGUGUUGAUACGUUUUAUUGGCUCUAUAUACUUUUUUGCAAAUGGUAUUGAGGCCGGCAUGGCCCAUUUCCUAAUAAAAAUACAACAAUUACACAAUUUAAUAGAUUGAGGCUUUGGAAACCGCAGCUUGUUAAUAAACUUGAUAAUGAAUAUCACAACAAGUAAAAUGCAUAUUGUUGAAAUAGUCGAUAACCUCUUGUUAUAAAUCAGAUAAUUUGACGGUAUGACGAGGUUGAAAAAUCCCUCAUAAGACAAUUGCAUUAAGUAGACAUCUGCACUUGUAAUUUACGUUUAAUCGCGCAAUUGAUAAUAAGUAUCACGACAAAUAAAACAUGCAUAUUGCUGAAACAGUCGACGACUGCUUGUGCAGAUUUUGCAGGGUCUUUAUAUGCCUGUUCCAAUGUGCAAAUUAUGCGUUUAGCGAAGUUGCUUCUUGUAAAGUAAUCCGACAGAAAAGUGUGGGCUAUACAUAAGCAAAAUUAGAUGAAAGUGUUUGGCUCUGAUGAAAGAUUGCGAUAAAAAGUGUCAGUGUAGUAGUGCCAAGGUUGUUUUGGGCCAGCUUGUGCCCAGGAGUGACUCGCAAUCUGGGCCCUCCUAAGAAAGGUUUCUGUAACCACGCCCUUUAGUCUCUUAGAGAACUAGGGAAGCGCCGUCUAUAGGGACAAUUGUCAGGGCCUCCAUCGAAGGGCCUUCGAUUUCCCCUUGCCCCCACUUUCCAACCUGUGUUGAAACCAUAGGGAUAGGAAUAUGAAAACAUUCCUAUCUCUAUGGUUGAAGCCCAUAUUUGUUGAAAAGGUUGUUAAGGAUUCUUACCAAAGUUAAUGCAAAGAUAUUAUAUACACGAAUCUAGGACGUGGACAUCUUUUUUUCUCCGCUAUAAACUACCGGGCAUUGAUUCCAUGCAAGAAGCUAAAAGAAUAGGUUUUUUUGCGUUAGCGCUAGAAGAAAAAGAUCUCGUUAUAAUCUGAAAGUAACAAAGUGUAAGAUAAUUACAAGCCCAUCGUAGCACGGGCCCCAGGACUUUUGCCCCUUCUAAACAAUACCCCUGUGUAGAGGGAAAGAUUAGUACUGAAAUAAAUCGAAAGACUAUUGAAUCGCUUUUAAUCAUAUGGCAUAUAGCAAAAUGUUAGCCUAUAUUAUCAAAUAUUGUGCCUUUGUACCUGUAAUAGCUCUUUACAGGAAGUUGUGGCCAUAUCGGCAAUAGGAAUUAUUUGAUAAGUUAUUACAAAUAUGUUGGGAACUGUUAACAGAUACAUUCACAGUAUCUCCACCUGCUUGUAUUUGCCCUUGAUGAUCAUCUUCUUUCCGUUUCAAAACUCAUUACUUCGCUUUGUCUUGUGACACAAGAGAUGUAAAGGCUACCGUAAUUUUAAAUACAAGCUUAUCAUCUUUCCUUAAACGAUUUUCCAUCGAGUUUUUUCCCCUUUUGUAGCAUGAUUCCUUUUUUCCGCAUUUUUAUUAUUCCACUUCUUGCGAAGACAAUAUCUUGAAUUUUGUCCGUGCAACAAAUUUCCCCAUGUCUAACAACACGAUUUUUUGCUUGAGUUAGCAAUCCCCGGCUUAGACUCUCUGAAAUAAGUGAUAGAAUUUGCAGCCUGCCAGAUUUAAGACUUCAUUGUUUGUACAAACACUUCUCUGGCAACUUUCGUUUUAUUUUUUUCUGUUCCUUUGUUAAUGUUCUGUACUUGAUGAAUAAUGCAUGCAGAUAUAAGCCAGCAGAAAACGAAAGGUUUUUCUUUUCAUAGAUUUACACAUGCUGUGAAGCGGUGAUUUCUUCUGUAGCUUAGUUUACCUGCAUAUAUGUAGUACACAUAGGCUAGGCCAUUAAGAAAUCUCUGUCAUCCUGAAAUAAUGAAACAACACCGCAAACUCUUCGAGCUAAUUCCGAAGUGUGAAGCAGAAAGAAGACUGCGUGCCAAUGAUAGGGAUUACAACAGCCAGUUCCAAUAUACUGGUAAUCACAUACAGACUUAUAGAUACAAUCUUCUCACUUUCAUUCCACUGAAUUUGUUCGAACAGUUUCAAAGGGUGGCAAAUAUCUAUUUUCUUAUUCAAAUUAUUAUCAUGUCAAUACCGCAAAUUACGGCACUGAACCCGCUUGCCACUGCAAUUCCACUGCUUUUUGUGUUAACAGCCAGUGCUGUGAAAGAUCUUUACGAUGAUGUUGGAAGACAUAAAAGUGAUAACAGAGUGAACAACAGAAAAGCCCAUUUGCUAAGAGACGGAAUCAUUGUGAACGAAGCUUGGCAAAACGUUCAAGUUGGUGACAUUAUAAAACUAGAAAGCAACCAUCACGUUACGGCCGAUUUGCUGCUAUUAUCAACCAGUGAACCAAGUGGCCUUUGUUACAUAGAAACUGCCGAACUUGACGGAGAAACAAACCUUAAAGUGAGACAGCCGCUUAUCGAAACUGCUGCUUUGGGUGACGAUUUGAUUGCACUUAGUAAUUUCAGAGGUGAAGUAACCUGUGAGCCUCCAAACAACAGACUUGACAAGUUUCAAGGAAAGUUAGAAAUUGGAGAUGAGAAAUGCUCAUUGGAUAACUCUAACAUCGUUCUUCGGGGUUGCGUAUUGAGAAAUACAGAAUGGGUUUUUGGCUUGGUUAUAUUUGCUGGCCACGAUACAAAACUUAUGAUGAACAGUGGUAAAGCUGCCUUCAAAAGAACGAAGCUUGAUAAACUUGCCAACGACCUUGUUCUCAAUAUAGCCUUGGCCCUCAUAAUCAUAUGCACAUUCUUGUCAUUCAUGUCAUACUUCUGGGAGAAGGGUACUGGAAAGGGUUUCACUGUAUACCUUCCAUGGGAUUCGUACUACAAAGAAAAUCCAGCCUUGAUUGGUGUUUUUCACUGGCCUGCUUUUAUCAUGGUUCUUAAUACGCUCAUUCCAAUUAGUCUUUAUAUUAGUGUUGAAAUCAUUCGUUUUGGGCAGAGCUUGCUAAUCAACUGGGAUUUGAAAAUGUAUCAUGCGCCGUCAGACACUCCUGCAAGAGCUAGGAACACGACGCUGAAUGAAGAGUUGGGCCAGAUACAAUAUAUUUUUUCAGAUAAGACUGGUACUCUCACUCAAAAUGUCAUGACGUUCAAAGAAUGCUCGAUCAAUGGGAAAUUAUAUGGACAUGAAGAGGAAGAUCCUGAACCUGAAGUAGACAAUUUGAAGAUAGAAUCUGUUUCUUCUGAAAACAUGUUCUCAAACACGAAGCGGCCGAUCGAUCUAUCCAGCAACCCAUAUGCCGAUCCAGUCUUCAAGUUCUACGACCAGACUUUAAUUCCUGACUUGGAGAAUGACCAGAAUGUAAUUGAGUUCUUUCGCCUGCUUGCCUUAUGUCACACUGUGAUGGUCGAGGAAAGAGAUGAAGUUGAUUAUAUGCCUGGUGCAGAAACUCAAGAUACUCCUUUGCUCGAAUAUCAAGCACAGUCUCCGGAUGAAGGUGCUCUCGUGAGCGCAGCCAGAAACUUUGGAUUCGUUUUCUUGCGCCGGACGCCGAAUACAAUAACAAUCAAAGUUAAUGGCAAUGAGGAAAAAUACGAUCUUUUAUGUAUUUUGGAUUUUGAUAAUGUGAGAAAACGAAUGUCGGUCAUUGUACAGGACAAGGAUGGAAAAAUCAAAUUAUACUGCAAAGGAGCUGACACCGUGAUAUAUGAAAGACUGUCCAAUGAUAAUGCGAGCUUCAAGGAGACGACUCAAAUACAUCUCGACCUGUUUGCUUGCAAUGGACUGCGAACACUUUGUCUGGCUUACAAAGAAAUCCCAGAACACGUUUUCGAUAAAUGGGCAAUAUCGUACAAAGAUGCAAGUUGCGCUCUGGAAAACAGGGAUGAAAUGAUUGCAAAGCUCUACGAAGAGAUCGAACAAGAUAUGACCUUGAUUGGUGCAACUGCCAUCGAAGACAAAUUGCAAGAUGGAGUUCCAGAAACAAUUGCAAAUCUUGCAGAGGCCAACAUAAACCUUUGGGUGUUAACAGGUGAUAAACAAGAAACCGCUAUCAACAUUGGCUAUUCAUGCAUGCUUCUGACGGAAAAUAUGCAUGAUGUUUUUAUUAUAAAUGGCAAGGACAAGCAAACUGUUGUGAGUCAAAUGGAGUCUUGCAAAUCGAAAAUAGACUCUUCAACGCCGUCCAUUCCACAUAAGCAAAACGACGUUGAACUGAAAGGGAUAACGGGUCGGCGAGGGAGUCAUGUCAUGUUCUCUGACAAUCAGAUUGACGAAGUUUCGGAGCUCGAGCCAAAGUCUGGAUUUGGACUUGUUAUAAAUGGCAACAGUCUGGUUUUUGCUUUAGAUAAAAGUUUGGAAAUGCAGUUUCUUGAACUAGCAAAGUGCUGUAAAGCAGUUAUUUGUUGUCGCGUAACUCCACUUCAAAAGGCAAUGGUAGUCGAUCUUGUGAAGAGACAUGUCAAGGCUACCACGCUGGCGAUCGGCGAUGGCGCAAAUGACGUCAGUAUGAUUCAAGCCGCACAUAUUGGAGUAGGCAUCAGUGGCCAAGAGGGCAUGCAGGCCGUUCUUGCGUCAGAUUUCUCAAUUGCUCAGUUUAGGUUUUUGGAAAAACUACUUUUGGUGCAUGGCAGAUGGUCGUAUUUAAGGAUGAGCAAAUUUCUGAAUUAUUUCUUUUACAAGAAUUUCGCAUUCACGCUUUGUCAGUUCUGGUUCAAUCUAUUCGUUGGUUUCUCAGCUCAGACUCUCUACGAUGCUUGGUUUAUCUCAUUUUACAAUGUUUGUUUCACAUCUUGUCCAGUAUUGGCUCUUGGACUUUUCGACAAGGAUGUUGACGAAAAGCUCUGCCUUGACAACCCAAAGCUAUAUGUUCCCGGUCAAGAGAAUAUACUCUUUAACAAGAAGUCUUUCACUUUGAAGCUGCUUCACGGGAUAGUGACGUCAGCUUUGCUCUAUUUCAUUCCAUAUGGUGUAUUUCACAGAGCUACAGCUCCUGAUGGUAUCGAUUUGGGCGAUACAGAAUUCUUUUCAACCACUGUGGCAUGCUGCUUAGUUGUAAUUGUUAACCUGCAGAUAAGUUUGGACACUCAAUACUGGACGUGGAUGAAUCAUUUUGUGAUAUGGGGCAGCAUUAUAUUUUACUUUAUGUUCAGUUUUACGCUGUAUUCGCCUGAAUUCUACUCUCUAGCAAUCGGAGGAGUCGGCUACGUCGGUAUGGCAGUCAAUGUGUUUGGCUCGGGAAUAUUCUGGCUAACCCUUAUAUUAACAGCAGUCGUGUGUAUAUUGCCAGUAGUGGGAUAUAGAUGGUUGAGAAUGAAGAUAAGACCCACGUUAGCAGAGCGGAUACGAAAAGGAGAGUGGAAGCAAAGAAGAACUCCCGCCGAGUCAUUGGUUUCACUUCGUCGAAGCAGAGCUAGCUUACGGUCAAGGCGUAGCUCAAAGAGGUCUGGUUACGCCUUCUCGCACCAGAGCGGUUUUGGCGAUCUCAUCAUGUCGGGCAAAUGGUUGCCGUCAUUCAAGUUUAGACAUUCCAAGUCUUACGAUGCCGCCAGUGCUGCAACAAGGACAUCAGUCGCGUAAUUACAUACGGUACAUUGGUAUCAUCAGCAAUGGAAUCCUGUCAAAAAUGACUUCAUCCCUGGCCACUCAAGAUUAUGCACAAACAAAGCACCACGCACGUUUAAAAAAUUGACGUAUACAUCCUUUUAAAAUGUCGAAUACAGAUUUAUAAUCACCUGCGUAUGCCUGCGUAUGGCCCUUUCAAGGAUCUGAGGAGUUUUUAGUUUUCUUAGUUGCACGUGAUGUUUUAAUGGAGUGUAUAUAUAGCUGAUUCAAUAGCAAGAAAGUAAGCAUAGCGUCCAUCGGAUGUGUCCAGCCUGUACAUAUCCAUGGAAAAGUGAAUUUUAUAACGCUUUUAUUGUCAACAAAGCAAACAAAUCUGCGAAUGUCGUUCAUUAUAAGCAAUAGCUCAGACACCAAUAUGAGAGAAUAUUGAGCCCCUUUCAGUAUGUGAUCCAUACCAGUUUAGAAGGUUCCUUUACAGUGUGGUAUCUUUCUGAAAAAAGAUGUCUUAGAGCAACUCAGGUCAUAGAAAUUUUAAGCAAGAAAUUUUAAAUGAUAUUAUUAUUCGCAUUUUGCUUUAUUAUGUACAACUUUUGAAUAGGAAGCAUUUUCCAGUUUUUUUAUAAUCGAAAUCGUAUUGAAGGUCUAGGCUUGAUUGCCUCUGUCCUUGAUAAGAGAGCAUAGUUAGUGUAUGAUGGCACUUAUGGUACUUAUUAUUCGCUACUGGCAUUGAGUAUGUCAAGAGUUCCAUUUUUUCAAAUUUUUACCGACGGAUAAGGAGCGUGGUUUUAAUUUGAACACUCGCAGUUUAGCAUGUCUGUUUCUCUAAAAAAACAUUAAACAUUUCCCAAUUCGUUUACUUCAUUUAAAAAGAGUUUAUUUUUUUUAUAUUGCUUAAUUUUUAAGUAUAUGAUUAUUGGAGAUAAACUGGUGUAAAAGCAUUUUCAAAUCAAGGUUUCGGUUAUUUCAAAAUAUUUAGCAAUGCUAGAUAAUUUUCAUUUCACUAAAAGAUUUAAUUAAAUGAAAAGUUUUUUGUGGCAAAA